AUGGCAGAGGCUUCAUUGUGUGGGGUGAGCGAGCAGGCCUGGGUCUGGGCGGCGCAGGAGGGCGUCUUUGUAUGGGGAUGGUGGGGAUUUGUACGGGGAUUCCCGACCAUCCCUUUCACUUUCGCACGAGGUGCACUUUUUGCUGUUGGGGGUCUUUAUAAAGGGUACCUCGUUUAUAAUAAUCAUAAGGAGAAGGAAGCAAAGAAGAACGAUCCAGAACCGGUCUUUCACGCAAACGAUCAGCAAGAUGACGCAGGAGAGCGGAAGAUCAAGAAACGUGCCAUCCUCGUAAGGCUGGUCUAUGGGAUGUACGACAGGUUCAGACGCAAACCUGAAAUAGAAUACAAGGAAUGGUGGACCAAGGUGCACUAUCAACUAAUCCCCUUGGAUUCAGUAUUGACUGAGGACGAGCUCAGACGCUAUGCAACAGAACUGGAGGAUGAGCGUAAGGACCAGUACUUCGGUGUCUUCCAACGAAAUAAGGACAGUCCUUUAGCCGAGGCUCCAGAGUGUGUAGUCGCCAUCAGGGGAACUGAGCUCUUUGCUUUGGUGGAUCUCUACAACGAUGCCAAGAUCGUUUUUGAGAAACUGAACUCUUCAAACUUGAUCAAAAUUCUCGAGGUUGUGGUCCGGCGUCUCGUUACGAAACAUGGGUACCGCAACGUGAACGUGACCGGUCAUUCACUCGGGGCCGCAGCGGGCUUGAUGGUCUGUCGAAGGCUGGCACUCGAAGGCUGUCUGGUCGAGUGCCACUUCUUCAAUCCUCCGUUCACCACUCUGGAAUCGCUGGCGCGCAGCGCCGCACAUGUUGUGAAACGUGUGAUUGUCGAGGCAUUGCCGGCCGAGGGUGAAAGAAUAAGGGACGCUGCCAAGCGCGCUGGUAGCAAAUUAUUCCAUGCAGUGGUCGACCACGACACCGACAACAUCGACAGGAGAAACAAAGCAUUAGCUGAGUUCAAGACACUCGCUCAAGCCAAUUGGUCUCCGUAUCUCUAUGUGAACAAACAUGACUUCAUCAGCUAUAAGUUUGUCUCACACUUCACGAAAGCUAUCCAAGGACCCGUCGAUCAGGAUCGGAAGAAGUGGUACUCUCCCGUGACCGAGUUAACCAGGAAGAUUGUGGGAGACACGGAGUCGUUCCAUCUGAUUCCUCUUGCACACUUGGUUCUGACUAACACAACCUGUGUCCGGCCCAUUUCAGCACACAUGUUGUGGAACUGGAGCGAUCCACGUCUCUCAUAUCAAUUCAUAAAUGCCAAACUCCACCCUAAAACCUAG